UUAAGAACGCAAUGUGUGUGGAUAUUUUUUCUUAUCAAAAUAUUGUGGCCGAGAAAUUUAAUUUUCGCUGUGUUUGAUGUAGAAACUACGGAGAGUUAAGUAAAUAGCUUAAUAACUUUAUUAUAAUGGAGGAUGAAAUAGAUGAAUGUAUUAGAAAAAGAAUUCAAUGGCCUCAACUACCAACUACUGUAAAAAAGGUGUUGGGUGAUUCUCCUAAAGAAUAUGAAAGAUACAUAUUUGAGUUCAGUGUUAAAAAUCAAUUGCGUUACAGAGGCAGUCUUGUACGGACUGUCCGGAAAGAUGAGAGAAAGUACUAUGAGGUACUUGUUCAGAAUAGUAUACAGAGGCUCAUGCUCUACCCAUAUCAUUUAGCGGACAUGAUUGUUAAAGGAUUACGAAUAACACCAUUUAUAUAUUACCUAGAAGUGGUGGCAUUGCUCAUAGAAAUGGAAAAAAGUUAUGACACAAUGCCCAAUUUCACUGCUGCUGAUUGUCUUCGAUUGCUGGGAAUUGGACGUAAUGAGUACUUAGAGUUGGUGGCUAAAGCUCGUUCUUUGGGAAGACGAGGUCGGUCCAAGGCAAUCCGUGGUCUCUUGCCUCGAGUACCUCUUAACAUACCCAUGUUGCCAUGGUGGCGAGUUGAACUCGGCUAUGUACUGGAGGAAGAUGUUAAGCCUCUAACUGAAAGCGAGAAGUCUCUCAUUGACCUUCUGAUAGAUCGAGGAUCACAAACGGCUGGCACUUUGGAUUACAAUGUAGUCAAAACUCUGUACAGACGUGGUUUAAUCUACUUGGAUGUGCCGAUCACGUCAGCAGACAAGGUGUCAGUUCCGCCUCUGAAAGGCUUUGUGAUGAACCGCAUCGCAGGCGACUACUUUGAGACAUUGCUUUACAAAGUAUUCGUGUCUAUAGACGAGCAUACCAGCGUUGCGGAAUUAGCGGCUGUGUUACAGGUCGACUGUGAGUUGGUGAAGCAGGCGGUGUCGUUGUACUGCAGGCUGGGCUUCGCCAACAACCUGAACCCUCCGCCCGUCUCGCCGCAACACCCCUCGUGGAAGGAAGCAGUUACCACACACAAGCAUCAACCGUACAGACAAAUAGCGCCGUUAACAUUUGAUCAAACAAUGGAUGAAGAUGCCCUGCAAAUGGAGCCAGUCUUAAUCAAAGAUAUGCCGUCCACUUCCAAACAGAGUUCUCAAGAGGUAAUUGAAGCUGGAUCAAGUAACAAUGGUCAACGAGUUGCUGUUCUAUUUGAUUCAACUCUUGCCGCAUAUCUAAUGAUGGGUAAUUUAUCGCCGGAUCUAAAAAGUCAUGCUGUCACUUUAUUUGAAGUUGGAAAGUUAUGUGAUGAAAGUCUAGAUAGUUUGCUUAUGGAAUUAGAUAAGGUGGCGGCAGACCCAGAGAUAGAGGGCGAAGCGCGACGCUACCUGGCGGCGGCGGCGUGUCUGAGGACGGCGCUGCGCACUCUGCGCCCUCGUCUGCGUCCGCUCGACUUACUGCGCUGUGAGGCUCUGCACGCCCUUGGCCCCGCAGCUAGGACACGUCUGCUCUCCACUAAAUACAGACUGGCGAUAUCCACUGCGCCAUUGUCGCGUGAGGCUCGUGCGGGCGUGGCUGCAGGCGCGCUACCGCACGUUGGCCCCGCACCGCCCGAGGCUGCCUCGCCGUGGAUGCGCCUCUACCUCUACCACGUCGCCGGGUAUGGACCACCAACGCUACUCCUCACCAAAGGCACAGUGCUGCGCAGCGUGCCGCGGCCGCUGCUGGGAUACGCGCGGCUGUCGGUGACGUGGUGGAGUGCGGAGGGCGAGCCGGCACCACUACCAGCCGCCGCCGCCCUCGCCGCUGCCAACUCUGCGCUGCGUCGAGCGCCCGUGCUGCUGCAGGCCGCUGCCGUCAGGCACCAUCCUAUUGUCAAAUAUGUCGCCUUUCCAACGGUCGAUGAUGAGAGUCAGUCGAUAUGGCGGACGCACACGGGUCUGCGUCGGCUGGCGCGACGGCUGCGGCUGUCGCGCGCAGCGGGCUACGUCGCACUCGCCGACACCGGCGUGCCCGACCUCGGCUGCGCACACCCGCCGCACUGCGUACAACUAGUUCCACAGCGCAAGAAGAAAGAAGUUUGCGGGAUAGCUAAACCUAUAAGCGAAGUAUCGUUGUCUUCCAAUGAGUCAGUGGAGAAAUCUACCGAAUAUACCAAACUCGUCAAUAGUCGACUACAGUCACCGAUAGAGUCACACUUCGCUGUCACACCCACCACAGAUAGCAAGACGAGUUCACCCGCCAACGGCUUUACAAGUGUAGAAGGUGGAAAAUUACUCUGCGAGGAACUCGAUAAUUUGAACAUCGAUGACAUUUUCGUCCAUCGGAGCAAAGAAUCGAUUUCGGCUAGCGAUGAUUUCGUACCUAUCCAUUCCUCUUCGACGAGUAUCGAAGAACUCAAAAAGCAUUCCAAGGAGAAAUCGAUUAGUAAAGAAUCGAUUUCCUUUUCUGACGAUUUAGUCCCGAUACAUUCCACUUCGGCCAGUGUUGAAAAUUUGAAAUUCGAAUCGAAGAAAACCGAAGAGGAUAAAAAUAGGAAUGCUCUAAAUGAUUUAUUGAGUCCUGCGGAAGAAUCGAUAUCGAUGUUCACACAAUUAUCGGACAAGUUGACGGAGAUGACGGAAGGUGACAGCGGAGUUGACACAGCUCAUAACUUCUCUGAUGAAGAGACGUGUAAACCAGAAAAAUGGACAAUUUUGGAUCUACAGUUCGGAAUACCUUUGUUCGAUGAGGCGUUAUGUGAAAAAAUAUGUCACAGUAUAGUGGACAGGAUAGCAAGGCCGGAAAUAUUAGAGAAGAUCAAAGAAGACAAUGAAUUCAUCAGAGCUGAUGUCCUGAAAUUCGUCUCUCAGUGUCAGUAUUAUCCGGGUGAAGAUAUGGGUAUAGUAAAACGUGGUUCUUUAGUUCCUCUGCCGAGGAAGAAUUUGGUGUUUGAGAACGGCAGGAUUACUGAGUGGAACGGAAAAUGAUUCCAUCCAAAAACAACAGGAUAUCUCAGUAAUGUGGAUAUUCAAAAGAUAAUGUCUACUUAGAGUGGUUGCCUUAGAGCUUUUAGUUCAAAUGUAGUUGUAAGGAUCAAAAGUUGUAGACAAUUACAGUGAGUUUUCAUUGCCGAAACAUUAGUAAAAAACAUACUGUUAUCUCUAUCAUUCUGUGUGAAUAAAAUGAAAAAAUAAUUUGUUUUUUUGCUUGUUUCGGUUGUGGAAAAUUAUCCUUUAAUUGAUGGUUAGUAUUUCAAGAUGCUAUAAAU